GUGAGAAACAUUUAGUUACGUCCCCAACAUAACGUUGGUGAAUUCAUCGAAUAUUUAGAAAAUAGAAGACGAAGAAACGACAGUACACAAAAAGCUCGAAACAAACAAAGAAAAACAAAGCUCUCUUCGUUGUAGAGAUAGAGAUUUCCAGCUUCAUCGUUUGGUUGCCGACUGUCAAGAUCCAAAAAUGUUCUCUCAGCACCCCGAAAAUGGUGUGAAGAGAGGUGUCUAUUUGCCGCUCUUGUUCUCUGUGUGUGUUGCUCUACUGCUCCCGGCACUGACCAGUGGCCACGGGAGACUGCUGGAGCCACCCAGUCGACAGAGUGCCUGGCGGGCGGGGUUCAAGACUCCCAUCAACUACGACGAUCAUGCCUUAUAUUGUGGGGGGAGAUCGAACGAGUGGGACGUGAAUGGCGGGAAGUGCGGGAUAUGCGGCGAUCCUUGGCAAGGCCCCAGGAAAUAUGAGCGGCCCAACGGGGAGCUGGUGAAGGAUAACAACGUCAUACCACGGACCUACAGGCAGGGUGACGUCAUUGAUGCCCAGGUUCAGAUCACCGUCAAUCACAAGGUGAGUGCGGCUUAA